AUGCCGUCGACGUGUUGUUGUGUGCCUGGUUGCCAUAACAGAGGCGGGCAUCGGUUUCCAAAGGAAAACAAAACUCGUGAAAAAUGGUUAUUUGCAGUUCGUCGAGACAAGUGGAAGCCAAACGACUCCAGCGUUGUUUGUCAUUCACAUUUUAACGACGAAAACUACGUCCAGAGAAACACUUAUGGCAAUGUGUCAGCAGUCAAAAGGCUGAAGAAAAAUGCUGUACCAUCCAUUUUUAUGUGGAUAAAACCAGCAUCCGACUCUAGAGUUCAACGUAAAGCCCGAUGUCAAAAGAGACAGGCACUUCCAGUACCGAUUUGUGCAGAAGUACCUAAACAGAACAGUGAGUCGUUGGAAAUAGGUGCUGAAAUCACAGUCACAUCAGAUUCCUGUAUAACAAAAUCUCAAGAGGAAGAAUGCGAAAAAACAAGAACCGUUCACACUCAGACAAACACAAUUCCUGUUAGGACAAUGUCGGCUGUAAAAUUCCAAGAUGACCCCGCAGGAAUGCAUUACUUCACUGGGCUUAAAAAUUAUGAAACAUUUAUAUUCGUUCUUAAUACAUUAGGACCAUCAGCAAACCAUCUGGUGUAUUACUACACUGAAACUAUGGACAAUCUCAGCAUUGAAGACCAGUUUUUCUUAGUUUUGAUUAAGCUUCGAAGAAAAGAAACACACUUUAUGCUAUCUCGGCUGUUUGAAGUGUCAGAAUUUACAGUGGCAAAUGUAUUUAUUACGUGGAUAAAUUUCAUGUUUUUGGAAUGGAAAUCGUUGAAUUCAUGGCCUGACCGUCAGUUAACCAAGUUCUUUUCUCCUGUAGACAUGAAGCAGUUUCCAAAUACACGUAUCAUCAUUGAUGGUACCGAGAUACCAAUAAAAAAACCUAAGGCGCCAUUGGCCCAACAAGCAACAUUUUCAACAUACAAGAAUAGAAACACUGUUAAAGUGCUUGUUGGUAUUACCCCUGCUGGUCUUGUCUCAUAUGUAUCACCAGCAUUUGGAGGUUCUACCAGUGACAGACAAAUUGUAGAAAGAUCAAAUCUUUUUUCUCUAUGCGACCCCAAGGAUUCCAUUAUGGCAGACAAGGGUUUUAACGUUCAGGAUCUGUUUGCACCAUAUGAUGUUAGCAUCAACAUGCCAUCCUUUUUUAGGAAAAAAAAUAGAAUGUCAGGGGAAAAUGUUUUGGAAGAUAGGAAAAUUUCAAGUAAGCGUGUGCAUGUGGAGAGAGUGAUCGGACUAGCUAAGACAUAUCGCAUGCUAGCACAGCCAAUGAAUCACACUGAAACAAAACUUGCCACUGAAAUAAUUUUUGUGUGCUUUAUGCUGUGCAACUUCCGGGACCGGAUUGUGCCUACUGAUGCGUAA